AGCUCCGUCCCUCUGCGCGCUGUGCCGCUCCUCCGCUGCGAGCCUCACAGCCGGAAUCUAUGUUGUAGAUAGAUGGGCUAUGUGCCACGCGUCGCCAGCCUACAGGUCGCAAAGAUUCAAAGUUUGAUUUCACGUUUUUUGCCGUUCCGCCUCUUCUUCUUCUCCUUCUUCUUCCUCUUCUUUGGGCUUUUUUCUCCUCUGCUUGGAUACAGCUGACUUACGCAUUGGAUAUGUGCACACAAGAUGAUGACAACCCCUUUCCUUCCCGUAGAAGUAAAAUAAAAUAGGCUUUCGCACACACUGGAUUUACUCCUGUCAUUCCAUAUGAAGAAGUCAAAAAGUUGGAUACACGUCUGUGUCCGUUUCCUGCUGUUCAUCACUCUUGGGGUGCAUUCAGAUACACUUGACGUCAACCCAGUGACCGAUGACAUCUCCAAACUCUAUACUUUGAAGCAAAAUAUUCCUAAAGAUUACAAAAUUCCUGUGCGCUACGUUCCAAAACAAGAGGGUGGGAUGUGUUGGGUGAAAUUAAAUGUCUUCCCUUUGGAGGCAAGUUUACAAGAUUUAGCACAUAAGUUUGGAAACAUUUCAUCCAACAGAAACGACAUUAGGAUUUUCAUCCUAAUACUCCAAGACCUGCGGCUCAAAAUGGGUUCAGUGGAGUUGAUCAUGUACGAUUUUGAGUGCCACUACAGGGAAGAGAGGUGGCACACAGAGCGAUACUUUGACUUUGUCAAAGACUUUCUUACAGCUGCACAGAAUAAAGAAGAUUCAGAUGACUGUGAUCCUCCUCCCUGUCCCACGACACCAUAUGCAGUAAUAACAGAAGAAUAUUCAAAAGAAUCACCCACUCCCAGCAGUAAAGGCCCAAAGUGUUCAACUGACUGCACAGCAUAUACAGAACCAAGAUACCUUCCUGAGGUGGUGGAGCGAAGCCUUCUCUCCUUACUGCUCAUUCCACUCCUAGCCCUCGUAUUCCUGCUUGUAUGGAAGGUCAGAUCACGGAGAAAUGAGGAGGAUCUUCAACAAAAUCCCGGAGAAGAUGGACUCUUCACUGGAACAGAAGGGACUGCACCUCCACUAGAUGCUGACAUAUCAGAAAAAGACAAGCUGAGCGUCAUUGAGACAGUGUAAUGCUUCUAUCCAUUGAUGUUCUUCAGUGUAACUGGUCUCUACUUUUCUCUCCCAUUGGUGUCCAAACGUGAAAAACAAACACGAGGCUGAAUUUCAUAGUGAGAUCUCUGUUUUUGACUACUCUCCAGAUCCAUGAUGGCAGAUUAAUGAUUGCCGUGACCAAGAUUCUUCUGGUUAAGUUAUGCCUGAUACUGUAUGGAUAAGCUUGCCUUUCUUAAAAGACUGCAUUAACCCCAUGCAUUUGAAAAAAGACUGAGAUUUUAGCCGAUAGAAACACCCUCAUCCACCCUUCCAACCCUCAUCCAUUCAUCCAUCCAUUUAUUGCAACCUGUUGCAUCAUCAACUCUUUGGGGAAACAUUUGCCUCUCUCUCAUCACGUUGCUCCAGUCCGUCUGCAUCUUUGGGCCGACCAGUUCAUUUACAAAGAACAAAGCAGAUACUGACUGAUGCUGGUUAUCUCUUGUAUGAACUGUGGCAUGAAUUACUACCUCCAGUUGCCCUCAUGUCAACCACAUUCUCAACUGCUCCGCCAUUUCUUCUUCAUCUUGGGUUUCCCAAAGAUUAAUAACGUUAAGCAUUGUAGUUCCAAAGUGUAGUCACGUUCUCUGGUUUAGAUGUGUACCCGUGGGGGUGUACGAUGUAUUUAUUUAUUGGUUUCAACACUCAGAUGCUGCUGUUCAUACAGUACAACUGAAAUGUUUCAAGCAUUUAAGAGCACCUUUACUAGUGGGUCACAUUUAAAGAACAAUCUGUAAACUAACACAUCAUAAACUCAAAAACGCAUUCUGAACAAGUGACAUAAUCCUGUAAGUUGUUGUUGACUUGGCCGAUUUAGAAUGUGUGAGUGGAUUACAUGGAGAAAAGAAACACAUAUAUACAAAAUAAGCUGCUUUGACUAACUUACAUUUAGACUAUUGAAAUCCACAGUGACAUUCUGCUAAAGAGUAUCAGGGAUGACUUCUGUGGAUCAAGAUUAUUGUUUUUUUUAUUUAAAGGUGAUUUAUGCAGAAUGUGGGUGUCAGGCACAUAUAAGACUAGUGGGCCUUCGAAAGUAAAUGUUAGUUGAACAUUGCCUUUAUUUUUUACUUAUCUCACCUUUAUGUUUGCAAGCAAAGAAAUAACUGUUACAGGAGAGAUUUUUGAUGGCCAUUCCUUUAUCAUAGGAAUAUAAACUAAAUCGCUAAAGGAGAUGCGGUUUGUAAAAAACAAUUGAACAAACAAAUAUCAUAUAAUAUAAAUUUUUAUAUUCAAAUUUCUGUUGUUGACUGUUUAUUCAAUGACCAAAUGUACUCGCAAACCCAUCCAGCUUAGACUGUUCACUCACAGGGUGUAAUCUGUUCUUAAUGAAUUUGUCUUUGUCCAGUAUUAGUGUUGUGCUUGCAUAAUAAAACUCUUCAUAGACAAUCUGACAAAGACAGUUAGUGCAUUUAUCAAGGUUGGAUGGUUAAGAAAUGCUGAAGGAUGACACCGAUGCUCAUGAACUUUACAGACGACGCAUCUUAGUUACCUUCACAAUCCACAAUGCUCACCACAUGGGAAUGCCAUGCAAACCUAAACAUCAACUUUGCCUUAAAGUUGCGCCAUAACACACGUUAAAGCACGUGCAUUGUCAUCUCCUUCACAUACUGAACUGUAGCACAAUGGUGCGACUUUCGAAAAGUUAUUCCUUUUUUAAAUAUAAAUAUGGUAAGCUACAGAGCUGUCUCUCCCCAGUGUUUGGAAAUCCAUGUGACGGGCCAGAAAUCAUUCACAUACUUGAGGUCCGUUGGAAACAGUUGACAGUGAGGUUGUUAAAUUCAGUCCUGUAUUUACCUCUAGUAGUUGCCGAAGCCCUCAGGCCCAUUCUAAUGGGCUCCUCCCUGCACUCCUUUAACUUGGUGCACUCUGAGACUGAUAAAUUACAAACUGGAAGUGCUACCUUUCUCUGUAAUUACAGGUCUUAUGGGGGGCUAUGAAGAGAAAGGUGGUGGGGUUAACACUAUCUAAAAAGGCAAUUGACUUCCGCAAAGCCGGGCCCACACAAUCUAACAAAGUAGACCAUUUUUGGAUUUGGGGUAUAAAGAUAUUAAUGACAAUCACUAAAGAGGUAGGAGUGUGAAUAGGGCACGCUGGCUGUGACCUUUCCCAUCAGGCAACUAGCUGAACAUGACAGAAGUGGCUGGACAGAAACAUCUGUUUCUGUAUAUAGAGUAUUUCUGUCAUAUUUGUGGUCUUAUGUUGUAUAAUGUCCUUUUUUUUGGUUUUGUGCCUUGUUUGAUUAGUGUGACUGACUCAUGUGUAAAUGUCAAAAGCCUGUCUAUAUUUCUGUGUGGUAGCAGAAAGUGGGGAGAUCAUUACAAGGCAGUUUAGAAUAGUCUCACCUCAAUAACCCAAUACACACGAUUCCUAGUCGCUCUCCUUUUUGAAUAAGAGUUUAGUUGACUUGACCUGUGCCCAGUUUUGGUUUGGAACCCAGUUUUCUGGUAAUGCAGUGCUUCUGUAUGUGAAACCUAUAUCAAAACAAAACUGCAGUGGUUGCAACAUUUCUCUCCACAUGUUACAUUCUAGCCUUUGUAACCUUUAGGAAACAGUUCAACUGGUAACUGCUUGUUUCCUGUGUAUUGGGGAUUAUAUGUUGGGAUAUUUUUUAUAGAAGACAAGAGUAUGUUGUGCAAAAAUGAAACAAAAAAAUGUAUACCACAUUGGUGUUCAUAUAGUUCAGAUCAACAGUACCUUUCAGCAUCAAUAGCUGGCAUUCUUUGGUGUGGUGAAGUAUUGUUUGUUGUGUUGAACUGCAAGACAGCUUUAUUCAUUCAAGAGUGCAUUUUUGGGGAACACUAAUAAUGGGGACAUAUCACUUUUGCCAUAUUUCUAUGGCAGUUUAGAGCUAAAUCUGUUAGAAAAAGUAAACCAGAUUGGUGUCCAUAUAGUCCACCACAACAGUACUUUCAGCAGGUAUCUCACAAAUUGGUAAUGUGGCAAAGUACUUUAAUUUCCAAGCUUUUAAGCAUUUAUUUCCAUUCAAAGAUGCAUUUUUGAACAAUAUUGGAAUAUACUAUCUAUGGCAGUUUAGACCUGAGACUUUCUCUUUAGGUUGUGCUUCUCUACAUGAAGACUUAUAACAUGCAGUGCCCAGUGUUCUGACAGAGUCACAGGUUAGUCACAAACUAACAAACAAGGUAUACUAUGUCAAAGAUUGCUUUUUAUACAUAGUCUAUAAAUAUAAUGAGCUGCAACAGGUCUAAGCUGUGAACAAAAACAAACAAAAAAAAUAACAUGGUCUCCCAUUUUCCUGUCUGUGCAAGAGCCAGAAGCAGUUGGUGUGUCUGAUGCAUGGAAGCCAGACAACAAGCAUUUUCAUGCAUUAGUCAAGAGAAUGACUGCCCUUAAAUACUGUUCCUAUGUGGAUUGUUGUGUGGUCUCAAAAUAAGCAGAGCUGCAUCUUGAACAGUGCUUUUGGGCACGAGUGAUCCAAUCCAUCCCACUCUGGUGGGUGAAUCAAAUGGCUCUAGGCAGGAAAUAAGUCUGGGUGCCAAAAAGCAAAUGUAAUUAUUGCCCAGUUGGUAUUCUGGGUGAAAACUCUACUGUAUUCUGUAUUUUUGUAUAAAUGUAAACAAACAUAUAUGAAAUAUGAAUAAAGUACACGUAUCCAACUGUAA